GAUAUAUAGGACAUAUGGUCCUGACGGACAGUGGCAAUUACCGGUAUAUGAUUGUGUACGCGAAGCUGUGCAAAAUAUUGAAAUGUCAGUUAAAGCAUUGGACAUAAAUUCAACAGCCGAAAAUAUUGUCACUGCAAUAGAUGAAAUUGUUAUUGCAACAACGUAUAACGGAAAUACGAACACCAGUGAUAAGAUAACUAUCGGCGAACUGUCGAUUUUAACGUCAUCUCUGAAAAAGAUUGCCACUCUACUUCCGUCUUUAGUCUCAAAUGACACGGUCACUGAUGGAUUUAUGGAUUGUGUAGACAACCUUAUCGAUGAUACAAACAGUGAUGCCUGGAAAUCAGAAACGGAUAGUACAAAUGCAGAGCAGAUACUUUCCGCUAUCGACAGUAUUGCAGAGGCACUGACCGUUACAGCAGAACAAGACGGAAAACGUUUAAUCACAAAAAAGAAUAUUGCCAUCCAAGCCCAGCUAUUUUCAGACUGUGGGAUGAUUUUUCCUGACUCUUUUGAAAGUUUCGAUCAAGAUUGGAUUAAUCAAGCAAAAAGCAGCAUUCGAAUACAAUCACAGUCGUUAUCAAAUUCAACAGAAGCAUAUGUGGUGACAGCAGCGAUAUAUAGAAACAUGUCUGAUAUUCUUCCAAACACGUAUUACGUUACAAAUGAAAACAGAUCAGAGAAAAAAGACGACACAGAAAAGAAAGUAAAAAUCAAUGGACCUGUUCUAGCCAUGACAAUACCGUCUCACCUAUCAAGAAGUUUGGAUUCUCCGAUAACAAUAACAUUUGAGCAUUACAAUAAUAACCUGACAGCGCCAGUAUGCGUUUUCUGGCAGUAUCAAAGUGAUUCUCAAGGAUUCUGGUCAGAUGACGGAUGCAGGAUCAACUCCACCAAUGCCAGUAGUACAGUUUGUGAAUGUAAUCAUCUUACUAAUUUUGCAGUGUUGAUGAGUCCAUUUCAACAGGUUGAUGAGGUUGGUUCUUCCUCUGAGUCAAUGGUUCUUCACAUCGUCUCAAUCGUUGGUAUAUCGACAUCUAUACUUUGUUUGAUUGCGACCAUUGUAAUACAUUUUGCUCUGUGGAAGUAAGUUUAUCGAUUCUCUUCAACUGAAUGUCUGACAUAGUUUUGAGAAUAUAUAUACCUUACGUACCUCUGGUACACGAAAAUGGCUUAUUAGGGUCAUUGUAGCUAGACUAUUAAAAUGAU